UCUUGUUUGCAUAUUUCAGGUGUAUAAUGAAUAGUGAAUACGUCAUGAAGCAAGGUGUAGGAUGUGUGCUAUGAAGAGGCUUGGUAUCUGCCUUCUGAACAUCUCUGAAGGCAGAAAUGCCCAGGUAGUGGAGGCCGUCGCUACUGCUGCAGUGUCUACUGCCCGGGAGGUUCCUGCAUCGGAUGCUGAUCUUGGUUUGCAUUGCAAAUCAACAGUGCUAAACAUAUUCUCCGAUUAUGACUACAAUCGCUCCGUGCUGACGAUAGCGGCCCCUCUCCACCAUCUGUCGGACAGCGUUUACAAUGCAUGCCGGGAAGCCUAUGGACGGAUAGACCUGGGCGACCAGCACGGGGUUCACCCUCGACUGGGUGCUGUGGACCUACUGCCCAUCUAUCCACUCUCUGAGGAUGUCAGUGUGGGGGAAUGUGGUGUGAUUGCCAAAGGAAUUGCAUCCAAUUUAGCAAGGGACAUUCCAGGCACUUCGUUCUUCCUGUUUGGUUCAUCAGACGUUCCCAAGAACAUAGAUCUGGUGGCAAGACGCAAACAGGUAGGCUGGUUCCUGGGCAAGCAUCAGAUGGACUAUGGGAGUCUCCAACACGAUCUGGGGAGCAGUCCUUCACCAAGAUAUGGGCUAACAGGUGCAGGGGGAUCUCUGUAUGUCACAAAUUACAAUGUUUCCAUCGCAACCGGGGAUGUCUCAAUCGGCCACGAGAUUGCCGGGAGGAUUCGAUCCACCACACCGGGCGGUCUGCCGGGGGUGAGAGUGAUGGCGUUUGCCCACGAGGGAACUGUCGAAAUUGCCUGCAAUGUGGAGAACGUUCCCAUGGAGAAUGCCAAAGAUGCAGCUCAUUCUGAGCAGGCAGAAUCAACGAUUUCAACUGGCACCCGUCCCCACGAUUCUGGAGUUUGUCCACAACAAGACACCUACCACAGUGUGCGUUACACUACCCCAUCCAAGAUCGAGGCCAGGGUCAAGGAACUGGCAUCGGCGCAUGGCGUCGGUCUUGUUGGAACUUCCAUCAUUGGUUUCACUCCACAAGAGGCACAGGAGUUGGCUGUCCAUGCCUUACAGACCGGGCAGGUGGACUUUUGGCGUACUCGUGUGCCUGGUGCAAUGAUGUGAACACAAAUAUUCAAUGGAGAGUGAAAAACAGUAAUACAUUUUGCAAAAUAUGACACACCAGAUAUUUGAAUAUACAUGUACAUUGAAUGUAUACAUUCCAUAUAUUUUUUGUAAUUCCAGAAUCUAUUUUAAUUUGAUUUUAACAAUCUUGGUUUUUGCAAAAAAAAGAGAUCCAAAUCUGUUUUUGUUAAAUGAAACAUAUGUUCUUGGCUUUUAAGUACAGUCGAGUCUCGUUAAUACAAACUCGUUCGGACCUAGCCAAAUUGUUUGUUAUAUCAGAAUUUUGUAUUAAGAGGAACAUCAGUCCCAUUCAUUGUGCACAUAAAUGGACAAUCGGGACUAAGGCUUUAUGUUUGUUAUAAACAGAAUUUUGUAUUAACAGAGUUUGUACCAACGAGAUUCGACUGUACAAUAACAAAAAGAUGGUUGAUGCGCGUGAGAACUGAGUGUAUUUAAAACACUAAGGCCAACAUUUUUGGGGGUAAUUGAUGAAAAAUAGACAAACUCAGUAUCCACAAUGAUAUUUAAAAUGCUAAGAAAUACAUUACAAAUAAAGACUCGGUACUUCUGAUAAAUGGGUUUGGAUGGUACAGAAUACCUCAAAACCUGUUGGGUAGGUCGGCUUGAGGUUUUAUUUGUAAUAAAAAAAUAUGCUUUUUUGGUUAUCCAAGGCUAACUGGCUGCAUGUCUGCCUUUCACUUGUCUGUGCACUUUUCAAAAAGAGAAAAGAAAAAAAGGAAACCAAUCAUAAAAACCGCACGCGUGGCGAGACACGCUCUGGUAAAAACGAGGAUUUGGAAUGCCAUUGAAGCUGGCUGGGGAUGGUGCCAUUUAAGUUCCUCUAAAAAAAAACGGAGGUGAAUAGUCGGACUGAACUUUGAAUACACUGGCCAGGAUUCAUGGAUGGCCGAGUCUUUAAAAUACAGCUUUCCAAAAAGGGGUUUCCAUUCGGCAUACUGACAUGCAAGGGUCUUUCAAGCUGGAAAAAAGCUGUGUUCUAUCUUAUGGUAGACCUAGUGGUCUUUGGACGUUUAAAGAUUUAGCAUCCUAAAUUAAUAUGAUUUCAUUUGUCAAAAGCAAUACAAAAUGUUAAUGGUAAAGAAAGUAAAUAUUAAAAUUGAGAAAAAUUUGUGAAGAAAA